CGAUAACCGCAUACAUGUGAGUCAAGAACCCAGAAUUAACAAGCAAUUAUGCUCAGAUGAACAAAAUAAACUCAGUGAACCACUAAUUAGAAUAUCAAAUUAAAACAUUUUAAGUUAAUAUAAAAAUGGAAGUCACAUUACGCGAGAGAGUGCCAGCAAAACAUAAAGAAAUGCCAGUUGAGGAUGAUAGCAUGGGAUUCAAAGUAAUAAAGGACUUCUGCGUAGAUAAAAUGUCCUGCUGGCCAUUAAAGGUGUUCAUGGUGCUUAUCUGUGUAAUCCAAGUGUCGACGGCUGUAAUUUUUGUACAUCUGACCGCGAAACUGUACUCUAAAGGAAUGAAGAGUAAGAAGUUCUACAGAGGGGGUGGAUAUCACCUGAUAACCUCAGCGAUAAUAGGAACAGGUGCAGGUAUUGCGACAUCAAUAAUGAUAGAAGCGCCUAAAUACCAGGCUAUGGUCAUUACCACAUCUUGUAUGCUCUUUUUAAUGUCGAUUUUUCUAGCCGGUUUUAGAGGUUUGGUUUCUGGAAUACUGGGCGCAGUACCUGGUACAAUAGCAAUUUGGUCGUUCUACGAUUAUCAAAACUGCCACUUAUAUGGAGGAGUUGCAGGAUUUGUUUUGGGAGUUAUGGUUGGGGGUCUUAGAAUAGCUUACAACCUAGACUCCAUUGAAAGGUACAUAAACUCUCAGUACCUGGUUUUAAGCGAGAAUGAAAUCCAACGACUAUCAUCGAGCAUGGAUUUAAGUGACUGAGA